AUGUUUUCAAAUAUGCAAUUAUUCUCAAAGGCAAAUCAGCUUGUGGAUUUGACAUUAAGUGACAAGCUAUCUAGGGCAUAUGGCUUUGUGAAUAAUGAGAUAAAAAUGACUUUUGAAAGUAAAUUUUUAGGAGAGUAUUUGAAUGUAUCAGAAACGAUGAAUAAACUUAAGGAAAAAUAUAAUGGCUACUCUUGGGACGGCAAUAUCAGAGAAAGAACCAGCUUUUUGGCUAAGUUGAUCAGAUUAGAACAUAUCAAAGACAUUGCAAAACAUGAAAUCCGAAUAAAUAGAGAUUGUAUCAUUCCUGUUAUAGAAAUAGUUAAUAAAGAAACGGAGUAUCUGAUCCUUGAAAUUCCGAACAGUGAAAUGCGAGAUUCUUUGAUAGCCUCCAUUCCCUAUUUUGAAAGCCAGCAUGCGGAAAAAUAUGAAGGAUAUUACCAUUUACACAUCUAUAUGCUAAUUCUUUAUAUCGGACUGUCAUUUCGAAAUGAAGAUGCUACAAGUGAAGAUAAAAAUAAUAGUAAUCAAGUAAUCAUGAGCUUAAUCAAAGGGGCAAUCGAUCAAGUAUUUGAAACAAAAUAUUAUAAUGAUCAUACAGAUCCAGAAUCCUAUAACAAGAUGAGAUAUGCUAUUGGAUGUGUUUAUUCAACAGGAACUUGA